AUGGCGUCGCAAACAUCUUCAAACAACGCAUACGUCCUGGGAGUUGGGCUGACCCAGUUCCUCAAGCCGCGCCGGACCAGGGAGUACCCUGAACUCGGGUAUGAAGCUGCCGUCAAAGCAUUGAUAGACGCGAAAAUCAAUUACGACCAGGUGCAACAAGUGAUAGCUUGCUAUUGCUAUGGUGAUACAACCAGUGGCCAGAGAAUAGUCUACAAUCUGGGGAUGACAGGAUGCCCCGUCUUGAACCUGAACCAAGCGUGUGCUACUGGUAGUACUGGUCUUCAUACGGCUCGCCGACUUAUCCAAGGUGGACUCAUCGACUGCGCCCUCGUUAUCGGUUUUGAACAGAUGCGACCUGGCUCGAUCAAGAGUGUUUGGGACGAUCGUCCCAGUCCCUUGGGCCCUUCUACGAAGCUGAUGGAGGAUACUUUUGGAAAACACGAUGCACCUCGAAACGCGCAAUACUUUGGAAAUGCUGGACAGGAGUAUAUGCAGAAGUAUGGUGCCAAAGCCGAGGACUUCGCAGAGAUUGCCCGUAUCUCACAUGAACACUCUCAAAGAAAUCCAUAUGCUCAAUUCCAGCAAGCGUACACCUUGGACGAAGUGCUCAACUCUACCCCGGUCUAUGGUCCGCUCACAAAGCUCCAGUGUUCGCCCACUAGUGAUGGUGCUGCCGCAGCUGUUAUCGUAUCUCAACGCUUCCUGGAUGCACGGCCAUCCCUCAAAUCACAGGCUAUCUUGAUAGCUGGCCAGGCACUGCUGACUGAUGGGCCGGAGGUAUACUCUGGAAGCGCCAUCGAUCUUGUUGGAUUCAAUAUGUCACGGGAUGCAGCGAGACUAGCUCUGAAAGAGGCCGGGGUGCAAGUGAAGGACAUCAAAGUGUGCGAGCUCCACGACUGCUUCUCAACAAACGAGCUCCUGCUACUAGAUGCGCUUGGGUUCUCGGAGCCUGGAAAAGCACACGAGAUGGUUCGUCGGGGCGAUAUCACUUACGGUGGACGUGGCCCUGUGAUCAACCCAUCGGGCGGAUUGAUUUCUAAAGGCCAUCCACUGGGGGCCACAGGAGUUGCUCAAUGUGCCGAGCUGACGUGGCAGCUACGCGGCUGGGCAAACAAUCGUCUGGUCUCUAACACUGAUGUUGCUUUACAGCAUAACCUGGGGCUGGGCGGGGCCGUGGUGGUCACUGUUUAUAAACGGGCCGAUGGCCAGGUGAAUCAUCCCGUGUCGAAUGAAGAAGUGAAGAGGAUCUCUGGAUUGGGAUACAACCCUGCGGUAGAAGCCCAUUACAUCACUCCCCAAGACGGCGAGAGCGUGAGGAGCAAGACUAAGCGUCAUGACUAUCCGCUCCGUGAGAUCAAGGCAAAGCUGGCGGCUCGGAUGUGA